ACUCCUAGAGCUGCUGUGUUCACCCGCUCUCUACCCCUGCACCAGGGUUCCUCCGUGCCCCUCAGCGCUCCUGACUCCAUCAUGCCAAGGGGUUUCCUGGUGAAGCGAACUAAACGGACAGGCGGCUCCUACCGAGUGCGCCUAGGAGAGCGGGUCUUGCCCCUGCUAGGACCCCCGGUGGCGCCACCCUUCCCUGAGGAGGCUUCCAGUGUCCCCCAGUCCUGUGUGGGGCAGGUGGCAACCCUCAUUUUGGAAGAGCCUAGAAAAGGCUUGGAGGAGGAGGCUGUCCCCGAACUGUCGGGGUCGCCCCGUCGGGCAGCUGGGGUGAGCCCUAGAGCGGGUGGACAGGAAGAUGCGGAGUGGAAGGUAGAUGGCAGGGAGGGUCCUGGGGCCAGCCCUAGCCCUGCAAAGCCGGCAGGUGUGGACCUGCGCAGGGCGUUCCUGGAACGCUGUCUCAGCUCGCCCAUCUCGGCUGAGUCCUUCCCCGGGGUCACAGCCGCUGUGGCUGCCUUCUCAUGCUCGGUGGCGGCAGCAGCUGCACCAACCUCGGGGGAGCAAUUCCUGCUGCCGCUCCAGGCACCGUUCCCAGAGCCCGCGCUCCAUCCGGACCCGGCGCCUAUCUCCGCUGCCCUGCAAGGUUUGAAGCGGGCCUCCAGCAGUGAGCGCCGACCUAAGGCUCCUCCAGGGUGCGGAUCUGCACCAGUGGCUGCUGGAGUUAAGAAGUCAAAGGCCAUAAGGAAGUUGAGUUUCGCCGAUGAAGUGACUACAUCCCCUGUCCUAGGACUGAAGAUCAAGGAAGAGGAACCUGGGGCACCGUCUCGGAGCCUGGGAGGCAACCGUACACCGCUGGGGGAGUUCAUCUGUCAACUGUGCAAGGAGCAGUACGCAGACCCCUUUGCGCUGGCUCAGCACCGCUGCUCCCGCAUCGUGCGUGUCGAGUAUCGCUGCCCAGAAUGCGACAAGGUCUUCAGCUGCCCAGCAAAUCUCGCUUCCCAUCGCCGCUGGCACAAACCACGACCCACAUCAGCAAAUGCUGCCACAGUCUCCUCAGUCGAGGGGAAGACACCACCGCCUCCGUCACCUUCGUCCUCCCUCGGCUCCGGGUCUAUUGCAUCUUUCCUAGCAGAGGGAAAGGAGAACAGCCGGGCAGAGCCGACUGUAGAUCAGCACCAUCAGUCCAGGGACAGCUCCGGGGCGGAGCAGCGCCAGAACAGCGCUCUGCACCCGCACCCGGGCCUCCAGGUGUUACCCCACCCGGAGCCACCGUUGCCUCAAGUCCCCUACACAGACGGGGUGUUGGGGCGCGGGGUGCCGGGACGGGUCAGUGGUGUCGGGGGACCUGAGAUCUUUGUGUGUCCGUAUUGCCACAAAAAGUUCCGUCGCCAAGCGUAUCUGCGCAAGCACCUGGGCACUCAUGAGGCUAGCUCGGCUCGCGCUCUCGUCCCGAGUUUUGGCUCUGAAGGCGGUGCUCCACUCGCCUUCGCUUGCCCGCUAUGCGGAGCGCACUUUCCGUCCGCAGAAAUUAGGGACAAGCACCGGCUGUGGCACACUGUCCGUGAAGAGCUGCUCCUGCCUGCUCUGGCCCGGGCGACACCAGAAGCACCGAGUUCAGGUGGGGCAGCCGACGGGGGCGCUCAGCAAAUUUUCUCCUGCAAGCACUGCCCGUCCACUUUUUUUAGUUCUCCAGGGCUGACCCGGCACAUUAAUAAGUGCCACCCCUCAGAAAGUCGGCAGGUACUAUUGCUGCAGAUGCCACUGCGGCCCGGUUGUUGAGACUAGGGACAGGGAAGACUGUAGAAUUUGACUUUGGAGGAAAUGGAUCAUGGGCAUUUCUGUGGGGCUUUCAACAUGCGAGGUCACCCUCUUUCCAAUUAUUUUCUCACCUGUAAGUCCCAUAGUCAAUGUUCUGCAGAGGAGCAGAUAGUGAAAAGUAAAAUCCCUCUCUAGAGCAGGUAUGUAUGUAUCUAUGUAUGUAUGUAUCUGGUAUAAGCGUUUUUCUUUUUUGUCAAGGACUGUCAGCUUUAAAUCCUCCCUUUCCCCGGGAAAAUAGGAUCUCCCUUACAAACUCUGAAGACCCUAAUGAAUCCUAUGACUUGUAAUUCCUAUGGAAAGUCACAGUGGAUGCGUGCAUGUCUCGAUGUCUACAAAGGAGUCUAGCUACCGAAAAGUGGCAGUCAUCAUUGCCCCCCCCCCCUUGCCAUCACAGGCACCUAAGUAGUUUCUGUCUCAAAUAGGGUCAGAUAUCUCGCAUUGUAUAUUCUGUGAAUUAAAAGUUACUUGAUUGGUGCCAAACUUAAUGGGAUUCUGUGGGCAGGCAAUGUUUGUGCUUUGGGGGUAGAUGGGAUUCUGGUAACCUUUCUUUUUCUCGAUUUAAUUCAUUUGCCAGUUAGUUUGGAGGUGGGGAAGGUGCUACUUUGCUGAAAGUUGAGACACCCCUCCCCCCCCUCCAAUUCUAACCUUUAGCAGUUUCGUAUGCAGUAUUCAGAAAGCUACAUUAAGCCUUUCUUUAAAUAACCUUUUUGGUGAUACCGAACUCAUUGCCUGAACUUUGACUGUUUCAGGAUUUCAUCAAAAAUGUUUAAUGCUUAUGUUUUAAAUCUUACACUGUGUAUAUUAUAUAUGAAACUGUUCAGCUUAAGGACAGACAUUAAUACUUACAAUCCACUAUGGAACCAAAUGGCAGUUCAUUCAGUAUUCAGUAUUUUUUCUUUUUGUAACCCAUAUUCAGUGUACUUUCUAUACUCGUGUCUUAAAAGCUAGAAUUUAGGAUUCUGGCUUACAUUGCUUGAUGGAAAGCCCCUAUUUGUAAGAUGCUUGCCACCAAAUAAAUGUACAUAGCUGGUGCUUUGUUGUGCUCUGUGUUUGUGCUCUGUGUUUAAGAAUCCCACUGAACACAGCCUACUUUUCAAAGUCACAUUUCUUAUCUCCCCAAAGCAAGUAUCCUACUUGCUUGUUUUAGUGACCCAUUUAGACAGAAUACAAAGACAGGAGAAAUGAUAUUUUGCAAAUGAACAUGGUGGUACAGAAAGGGAAUGGGAAAAUUUUCUUUGAAGUAUUAUUGCUGCAGUGAGCCUAAAAGGCCAAGAAUAUGUACUAUUCACUAGUCUAAAAAAGACACUUCCCCCUCAAAAAGUCAAUAGACUAUUUUUUCCAAAAAGCUCAUUUGUUAUCUGAAGGUGAUAAAAUCAUGUUAACUGUGCUAAUUCACUAUUGUAAGUUGGUAUUUCACUCCAUUUUGUUACAUAUUCAUUUACACAUUUUUGAAGUGUUUUUUUUUAAAUUAGUUACUUUAUUAUUUUUUUCUUGUAAUUCACCUUGGUUGUAGGAAACUUUAUAUCAAUCUUGCUCCCAGUAAUUCUCCUUCAUCCAUGUGUUCACUGUCUAUAUAACCUUUCAUAAGAGUUCUGGUUUACUUUCUAAAGUCACAGAAAUUGAUUUGUAAUACUUUAAAUAAUCUGAAAGAUAAACUUAAUUUUUGCUCCUGAAUGUAAAUUAUAAA